UGCUUUAUAUAUAUUAAACUGAAGAAGAUACACAUCAUAUCAUCCACUGUUGCAAUUUAAUUUACUAUACAAAAUUGUCAGUGGAUCCAAAACGCAAAUACAUUCCACUUGGAGGGUGUUAGAAAAAUAGAGAGGAGACUUGAGAGCAAUCUAUAGCCAUUAAAUGACUCUUCAAUUAACACAAUAAACGGGCAUAAUGUCAAUAACCCUUCAAAUACUUAGUGGUUACACAAAAAUAAUAUUAACUCACACACUUCAUCUUCUAACACUAAAUGAUCAGUCUUCAUUUUUUAAUUGUUUUAUUUUAUGCUGGCCAGAACAUUCCAUCUACAAUCAUAGUAGACUUUGUUCUCAGUUCACAUGGCUUUGGGAUCAUGUUCCUCUUCCUUCAACUAUGAUGUUUUCCUCAGCUUCAGAGGCGCAGACACACGUCAUGGUUUUACUGGAAAUCUUUACAAAGCUCUUGAUGACAAGGGAAUCUACACUUUCAUUGAUGAUGAGGAACUUCAGAGUGGAGAGGAAAUAACACCAGCACUUCUGAAGGCAAUUCAAGAGUCCAGGAUUGCCAUCACUGUGCUCUCUAUAAAUUAUGCUUCUUCCUGGUUUUGCUUAGAUGAACUUGCUCACAUUCUUGAGUGCUUUAAGAGCAAAAAUCUGUUGGUUGUGCCAGUUUUUUAUAAGGUGGAUCCUUCUGAUGUCAGACACCAGAAAGGUAGUUAUGGAGAAGCAUUGGCUAAGCAUCAGGAAAGGUUCAACCACAACAUGGAGAAGUUGGAGUAUUGGAAGAAGGCUCUGCAUCAAGUAGCUAACUUGUCUGGCUUUCAUUUCAAACACGGAGAAGGGUAUGAAUACGAGUUUAUUGGGAGGAUUGUUGAGUUGGUCUCCGGCAAGAUUAAUCAUGCUCCUUUGCCCGUUGCAGAUUACCUGGUUGGACUAGAGUCAAGAUUACUAGAAGUAACAAAGCUUUUGGAUGUUGAAUCUGAUGAUGGUGUCUACAUGAUAGGGAUCCAUGGAAUUGGCGGGAUAGGAAAAUCAACACUUGCUAUAGCCGUUUAUAAUUUGAUUGCUUGCCAUUUUGAUGGUUCAUGUUUUCUUAUAGAUUUGAGAGAAAAAUCAAACAAACAGGGGUUACAACACCUCCAGAGCAUCCUUCUUUGGGAAAUACUUGGAGAGAAGGAAAUCAACCUAGCAAGUGUUGAACAAGGAGCUUCAAUUAUACAACAUAGGCUUCAGCGAAAGAAGGUUCUCUUGAUUCUAGAUGAUGUUGACAAGCAUGAACAAUUACAGGCUAUUGUUGGAAGACCUUGUCGGUUUGGUCCAGGCAGUAGAGUCAUCAUCACCACUCGGGACAAACAACUGCUAGCAUCUCAUGGGGUUAAAAGAACAUAUGAAGUGAAACUAUUGAAUGAGAACAAUGCUCUUCAAUUGCUUACUUGGAAGUCUUUUAAAACAGAAAAGGUUGAUCCAAGUUAUAAGGAGGUCUUGAAUGAUGUAGUAAUUUAUGCUUCUGGCCUUCCAUUAGCCUUGGAAGUGAUAGGUUCCAACUUGUUUGGGAAAAGCAUAGAAGAAUGGAAAUCUGCUAUCAAACAAUAUAAAAGAAUUCCUAGCAUUCAAAUCCUAGAGAUACUUAAAGUAAGCUUUGAUGCUUUGGAGGAAGAACAAAAGAAUGUUUUCCUUGACAUUGCCUGUUGCUUCAAUAGAUAUGCUUUGACAGAGGUUGUAGAUAUACUUCGCGCUCAUUAUGGUGAUUGCAUGAAAUAUCAUAUUGGAGUGUUGGUUGAAAAAUCUCUUAUAAAAAAGUUUAGUUGGUAUGGUAGAUUACCUAGAGUUACAAUGCAUGACUUGAUUCAGGACAUGGGUAAAGAAAUUGUCAGGCAAGAAUCACGGAAAGAGCCAGAGAAGCGCAGUAGACUGUGGUUACUGGAAGAUAUAAUUCAAGUUUUGGAAGACAACAAGGGAACUAGUCAAAUUGAAAUCAUAUGUCUAGACUUCCCCAGCUUUGGCAAAGAAGAAAUAGUAGAAUUAAAUACAAAGGCUUUCAAGAAGAUGAAAAACCUCAAAACGCUUAUUAUUAGAAAUGGUAAAUUUUCCAAAGGUCCCAAGUAUCUUCCAAAUAAUUUGAGAGUACUGGAAUGGUGGAGAUAUCCUUCACAUUGUUUACCAUCUGAUUUUCAUCUGAAAAAACUUGCCAUAUGCAAGUUACCCUAUAGUUCUAUUUCGUCAUUUGAGUUGGAUGGCUUAUGGAAGGUGCCAAGUAGCAUUGUCCUGAUGCCGGAAUUGACUGAAAGCUUCGUUGUGGGAUUGAAAGGGUGGCAAUGGCUAAAACAGGAAAAGGGUGAAGAAAAAACGGGGUCAACAGUAUCUUCAGAGGUAGAAAGGCUUACUGUCUCAAGUUGCAACCUCUGUGAUGAAUUUUUUUCAAUAGAUUUUACUUGGUUUGCACAUAUGAAGAAAUUAUGUCUAUCCGAGAAUAAUUUCACAAUCCUUCCUGAAUGCAUCAAAGAAUGUCAAUUUUUAAGGAUACUUGAUGUAUGCCACUGCAAGCAUCUUCGGGAAAUUAGAGGGAUUCCACCAAACUUAAAGCAUUUCUUUGCAAUAAACUGUAAAUCAUUGACUUCCUCAAGUAUAAGCAAGUUCCUAAAUCAGGAACUGCAUGAAGCUGGAAACACUGUUUUGUUUGCCAGGAGAUAGGAUUCCUGAGUGGUUCUAUCAGCAAAGCAGGGGACCUUCAAUUUCUUUCUGGUUUCGUAAUAAGUUCCCUGACAUGGUUCUUUGUCUUAUUGUUGCACCUAUUCAAGAAAAUUAUUUCGUCCCAUGGUGUUCAUCAAUGGCAACCAAUGUUCCCCUUAUAGUUGCCAUUUCAGGACAGGAAUGCACCAUGCAUAUCUUUGUGAUCUACAAGAGAUAAAAUCCAGAAA